UGCACUGCAAACGCGACGGGACGCUAAGAGGGGCUCGACGCGACACGCGUAUCACAAGCUCCCAAUUACUUCUCGAAGCAUUUAAGCAAGAUACUAACGACACAAAUCUCGAAGGUUCCCUCCGCUGGGGUUACUUUCUACUGGUCUCUUAACCAUGCCGGUGCAACAGCGACUGCGGCGACAGGCCGCACAGAACGUUGAUGACGACGACAUGGGGCAACCACAUCCGCAAAGCCCUGGCGAAGUCGAUUCGGACGGCGACGAGCAGAUGGCUGAGGUCGGACCAAGAGACGAAACAACCCAGCUUAUCAAGAAUCUUGUGCGCUAUGCCCUCAGUUGCGAGUAUUCGCGAGCACCCAUCAGGAGAGACGGCAUCAAGGAAAAGGUGCUGGGUUCCAAUGGACGGGAAUUCAAACGGGUGUUUGCCGGCGCGCAAAAGCAAUUGCGCGCGACGUUUGGAAUGGAGAUGGUCGAAUUGCCUACCAAAGACAGGAAUCUCAUGACGGCAGAGCAAAAACGAAAAGCCGCCAAAUCCCAGACCCAAAAAGAACCGACCUCGAAUACAUACGUGCUCGUCUCAGUCCUCCCCGAGGCUUACACCACACCAGCCAUCAUCACCCCAUCCAAAGUUCAGUCCGCCGAAGGUGAAGCAGCCUACGUAGCGCUCUACACCAUGAUUAUCGCCAUCAUCACGCUCAGCGGCGGGGAACUCAGCGAACCGCGGCUACGCAGACACUUGACACGACUCAAUGUCUCCGAAAACAUGCCAAGUCUGAACCCCAACGACGAGACGUCGCCGAGCGAGAAGACAGAAAUGGUUCUCCAACGGAUGGUCAGGCAAGGAUACUUGGUAAAGUUGACGGACUCGAGGUCCGGGGGCGAUGAAGACCAGACCACAUGGCACGUUGGCCCGCGCGGGAAGGUGGAGGUGGACAAGGAGGUGAUCGCGGCGUUUGUGCGGACCAUAUACGGCGGGUCCGAUGACGAGUUGGAGAACAGAUUGCAGGUCAGCCUCAAGAUCAGAGACCGAAAACCCGGCGUUCCCGACAUGGUCGAGGAGGUGGCGGAGGAGGAGGCCGCGCCCAAUGGCGAUCCGGGACCGAGUAACCGGCGUAGGGGAAGGAGGAGGCAGACGGAGGCCUAUGAUGAAGAGAGCGACUGAC